AUGCGCUCCCUCAUCACGACCCUUGAAAGCGAGUACGUGGCCAAAGUCAAAGAGACGCGGCAGCUGCCGGAUUUCAGAGCGGGGGACAUUCUGGAGGUGCAAGUGGCCGUUCCCGAGGCGGACCGCAAGGUUUACACCUACAAGGGCGUCUGCGUGUCGCGCGGCAACAAGGGGCCCCGCAGCUGGUUCAAAAUCUACAACGUGUUCCCGGACGCAGGCGGCUUCGUGCAGCACUUCCCGCUGUGA